CUUCUUACAAAAGAAAAUAUUCAGGAAAGAACAAAUUUUCUUAAGCAGAACAUAAACAUGAAUUCUUAUAAUAGUUUUUCUCUUUUGAUUCUCUUCUCAUUCCUACUUUUUUUUACUCCAGAUUUUGCGGUUCUUACAGUUUCUUGUCCAACACACUGUGGAGGAAUCGAGAUCGUGUACCCCUUUGGAGUCGGAAAGGGUUGUUAUCUAGAGAAGUGGUACGAAAUUACAUGUAAUACCUCUACUUCAGGAAAGCUCGCCCCUUUUCUUUCCGUAAUCAACAAGGAAGUUGUGGGUUUCUCUCUUCCGAGUCAGCCCGGGUCUAAUAACUUUCCAUUGCCGUACCGGUCAGUUAGCAUAAAAAACCCAAUAACUUCAAGAGGAUGCUCAAGCAAUGGAGAAGAGCUUGAGCUUGGAGGACUUUUGAAUUUGACGGGUACCCCUUUUUACAUUAGCUACACAAAUACACUGAUAGCGCUUGGUUGCGACAACACUGCAACGUUGUCGAAUGUCGAGCCAAUCAUAGUGCAAUGCAAAUCAAGCUGCAACACAGCAACGCCUAUUAAAGAUUAUCUUGCACUAGUCAAUUGUGAGGACCGCUAUGGCUACAUAGAGAAUUGUCAUGAAGGAAACAUUACGGAAGGAAGCAUUGAUAUUACGGAUGCAAGCUGCAAUGGUAUUAGAUGCUGCAAGGCGUACAUGCCCGAUACUAUUCAACAGAUUGUUGGUGUCACAAUAGAAAACACCACAACAAGAGGGUGCAAAGUUGCCUUCUUGACAAACAAAGCAACCUUGUCUAAUGAAUCUGAUCCACAAAGGAUUCAUGCUAGAAAAUACAGCACGGUUGAGUUAGGAUGGUUUAUCCAUACGGCGAAUCGUUCGUUUGUAAAGUCUCUGGGAUGCUAUAGUGCAAAAGAGUACAUGAAUCUAACCUCCCAACAAAGAAGGGGUGACAUAAGAAGUUGUGUAUGUGACAACAAUGUUUAUCUAAGCUAUGCAAGAUGCUUGUGCAUUCAGGGUUUCAGAGGCAACCCAUACCGUUUAGGCGAAUGCAAAGGUUAGUAAUCGUGUUUAUAGUUCAUGUUUUUAUUCAAAUUUUCUGUGGCCAUGAUCCAAAGGAAGCCUAUGAAAUCAUCGUUUGAUUACAAUCUCCUAAUAUUUUGAAAACUAGAUAUUAAUGAAUGCCAAGAAAAAGA